AGUAAAUGAAGUCGUGCAGCAACUGGUGGAGAAUGGGCACCCUAGUGCCACUGAGGUCAUGAGCUGCCAGGACCACCUCAACAGCAGGUGGGGCCAAGAUUCUGCGGCUGGUGAAGAACAAGAAGGAGACGAUGAACUCUCUGCUGUGUGUUCAGAGCUACCUGCUGGAAUGCCAGGAGAUUAAGUGCCAGAUCCGGGAGAAGAGGAAAGCGAUUGAGUCCACACAGGGCCUGGUCAAUGACUUUGGUGGGGUGAUCGCCCUGCAGAGGAAGCUGUCCACCAUGGAGGGGGCGCUGACUGUCAUCGAGCCCAAGCUGAUCGGCCUGCAACUGGAGGCCGAGGCUUUGGCCUCCGCGCACCCUGGCCAGGCCAUGGACAUCUUGGUCCAGUUCGAGGAGAUCAGCGAGGAGUGGGAGCAGCUGAAAGAGAGCUUGCAGGGUUGCGAGGAUUCCCUCAGCGUGGCUGGGAAGCUACAACAGUUCAUCCAGGACUUGGACAGCUUCCUGUCAUGGCUGGCUCGGACCCAGGGGGCGGCGCUGUCCGAAGAGCUGCCCGACUCGCUGGGCCAGGCCGAGGCCUUGCUGAGGCAGCACGAGGCCCUGCAGGAGGAGAUGGGCCGCAGGGAGGAGGACUACCGCCGUAUCCUGGCCGUCAGGGAGCCCCUGGCGCUGGGCCAGGCCGAGCUGCCCCUCAGCUCCAUCCAGCAGUGGCUGGGCAAGCUGGAGCUGGGCUGGGAGAAGAUGCAGCAGGUGUGGGCCCGACGGCAGGAGGCCCUGCUCCAGGCACAUGUCUACCACCUCUUCCUGCGAGACGUCAGGCAAGCCGAGGCCUUCCUCAACAGCCAGGAGUCCAAGCUGGCCCAGCUGGAGCUGCCCGCGUCCGUGGCUGGAGCCGAGGCCGCCAUCAAGAAGCACCGCGACUUCCUGGUGACGCUGGAGAUAAACCUGCAGAAGAUCAACACGGUGGUGGAUGCCGGGGAACACCUGGUGAAAGGCGGCAACAUCUACAUGGACAAGAUCAAAGAUCAGACGGAAUCCAUCAUCACCAGGAGCCAGAGCAACUACAAGCUUGCCCACGAGUGGCUGGUGCAUCUGAGUGAUGAGUGGGAGCUCCAGCGGUUUCUCCAGAGUUGUCACGAGUUGGGCGAGUGGAUUAAUGAGAAGAUGCUGACGGUCCAGAAUACGUCACACGAUGAUGCUCAGAAACUGCACAAAAAAUGGCUGAAGCACCAGGCGUUUAUGGCAGAGCUGUUACUGAACCGCGAAUGGUUGGAUAAGAUCGAGAAGGAGGGGCAGGAGCUGAUCAAAGAGAAGCCCGAGCUGGCCGCGGUGGUGAGGAGGAAACUGCAGGAGAUUCACGAAUGCUGGACGGUUCUGGAGAGCACAACCCAGGAGAAAGCACGGCACCUGUUCGACGUCAACAGGGCCGAACAACUGGUGCAGACGUACAGUGAGCUGGACCGGAGGUUGUCCCAACUCGAGGGGCAACUGCAGGUUGGGGACGGAGGGCGAGACAUCGCCACGGUUAACACCCAACUCCAAAAACUACAGGUGCUGGAGAACCAGAUGGAGGGCUGGUACAAGGAGGUGGGGGAGCUGCAAGCACAGGCAGCCACCCUGCAACAGCAGAGCUCGGGGAAAGACGAGGUGAUGGAGAAGCAGAACGUGGUGGAGACGAGGAUUGUGCGGCUGAUCGAACCGUUAAAGCAGCGGCGGAGGAUUCUGCUGGCGACCAAAGAGGUCCACCAGAUCACCAGGGACAUGGAGGAUGAGAUGCUCUGGGUGGAGGAGCGUCUGCCAUUGGCCCAGUCCAAGGAUCACGGAGUCAACCUCCAAACAGUGCAGCUGCUUCUGAAGAAACUUCAGACCCUACAGAGGGAGGUCCAGGGCCACCACCCGCGGAUUGGUGACGUGAUGGAGAGAGCGGGCCACAUUGCCUCCAUACAAACCCCAGAGGCUGACACGGUGCGCGUGGGUCUGGAGCGGCUACGGGAGCUGUGGGGCACUCUGUUAGAGGAAGCAGAAGGGCGACAACAGCGGCUGCUGGCCAUGCAGCGAGCCCAGCAGUACUACUUCGAUGCAGGCGAGGUAGAGUCCUGGCUGAGCGAGCAGGAGCUACACAUGAUGACGGAUGAGAAGGGAAAGGAUGAGCAGAGCUCGCUCCAGCUGCUGAAGAAACACCUGGGUCUGGAGCAGACCAUCGACGAUUAUGCUGAGAACAUUUGCGAGCUGUCAAAGACCUGCAGAGCGCUGUUGGAUGCAAGUCACCCAGAGAGUGAGCAGAUCAGCAAGCAGCAGUCUCAGAUCGACCGCCUGUACGUGAGUCUGAAGGACCUCGCCGAGGAGCGCAAGGGCAAGCUGGAGCAGCACUACUGGCUCUUCCAGCUCAACCGCGAGGUCGAUGAACUGGAGCAGUGGAUCGCCGAGAGAGAAGUUGUAGCGGGAUCUCCGGAACUCGGCCAAGACUUCGAGCACGUCACAUUGCUGCUGGAGAAGUUCACGGAGUUUGCGCACGAGACGGCGAUGAUCGGCCAGGAGCGGGUGAACACGGUCAACCAGAUGGUGGACGAGCUGAUCGACUACGGGCACGGAGACGCGGCCACCAUCGCCGAGUGGAAGGACGGGGUGGGCGAGGCCUGGGCCGACCUGCUGGAGCUGAUCGAGACCCGGGUCCAGAUGCUGUCCGCCUCGCAGGAACUGCACAAGUUCUUCAGCGACUGCAAGGAGGUGGCCGGCCACAUCGAGGAGAAACACAAGCUACUUCCCGACGUGGCACUCGGCGACUCCACCAGCACCUUCACGCUGCAGCGAAUGCUCAGCUCGUUUGAACACGAUAUCCAGGCCCUCGUUAUCCAGGUGCGGCAGCUGCAGGAGAAUGCGGCGCAGCUGCGGACGGUGUACGCGGGGGAGAACGCGGAAGCCAUCCAGGUGCAGGAGCAGCGGGUGAUGCAGGCCUGGAAGGAGCUGGUGGGCACCUGCGACCAGCGCAAGCUGCAGCUCACCACCACCGGAGACAAGAUCCGCUUCUUUGGCCUGGUCCGCGAGCUGGUGGGCUGGAUGGACAGCAUCGUCUGCCAGAUCGGCACCGGAGAGAAACCUCGGGACGUCUCGUCGGUGGAGGUGCUGAUGAAUUAUCACCAGGGGCUCAGAGGGGAGAUCGAAGCCCGGCACAAGAAGCUCAAGUCGUGCGUAGAGUUGGGUAAAACUUUGCUCACCAGCAAACACCAGGCUUCUGGCGAGAUCCAGGAGAGGCUGGACAAGGUGCUGAAGAAGCAGAACGAGAUGAUGGAGAAGUGGGAGCAGCACUGGGUGUGGUUACAACAGAUGCUGGAGGUCCACCAGUUUGCGCAGGAGGCGGUGGUGGCGGAUUCGUGGCUGAGCACCCAGGAGCGCGUGGUCACCAGCGAGCAGAUCGGCAACAGCGUGGACGAGGUGGAGCAGCUCAUCAAGCGGCACGAGUCCUUCCGCAAGUCAGCGGCCGCGUGGGAGGAGAGGUUCAGCUCGCUACGGAGACUCACCACGCUGGAGCGGAUGGAGAACAAGUCACCGUUUGCCAUUCAGCAGCAGCAGCAGCAGCCAGCCACCCCCAUGCUGAGCCGCAGGGUGCUGCCCGAGUCCAGGCCCUCUCCGGUCAAGCAGUCGGUGGCAGUGGCCGGGACCCGUCCGGUCAAGCAGCAGGCCCAGCUCGAGAUCGUCGACGAUGCCGGGGACCGCGACAAACGCGGCGGGGAGGAACGCGCGGCCACCGUGGCUGUGCCGACACGGCAGGACAGGCCGGAGCCGGCUGCCCUGCGCCCACACCAGGCCGAGGGACGGCAGGAGCGGCCGCAGAACAAGGCAGAGCCGGCGGAGGGCAGGCCAGAGCGCCGGGGUGAACGGCAGGAGCCGCAGAGCGAACAGCGGGAACCCGAGUACGAAGCUGGGGACAGGAGAACAACCAUGGCAGAUAUCGUGGAGCAGCUGCAGGAAAAGGAAGCCCAGGAACGUGACUCCUCCCUCACCGCCGGUCUUCCCAACGGGAUUGAGAAACUGCCGGAGAGAGUCCCACGCCCGGACAGGCCGCGGGCCAGAGACCGGCCCAAGCCCAGGAGGAGACCGCGGCCGAAAGAUCCCAACCAGGCGGGCGGGGACAGCCGCCGCUCGCGCUCGGCCCCGUCGCCCCAGAGCAGCACGGCCGCGCCCGUCACGGUCUCCCACACGGCCGAACAGGAGGGCUUCCUCGCUCGGAAGCACGAGUUUGAAGCUCCCAACAAAAAAUCAUCCAGCAGGUCGUGGGUUAACAUUUACUGCGCGAUCAGUAAAGGAGACCUGGGGUUUUAUAAAGACGCCAAGAGUCACAAAGCGGGAUCAACCCACAAUGGCGAGUCGCUCAUCACACUUAGCGAAGCCACCUGCGAAAUCGCCAACAAUUAUAAGAAGAAGAAAUUUGUGUUUAAAAUCCGGACAUGCGAUGGCAAUGAGUUCCUAUUCCAGGCCAAGGAUGAGGACGAGAUGGACGACUGGAUCAAGGCUGCCUCCACAGCCAUCGCGGAACACGCAGAAAUCGCCCAGCUGAGCGGCCAGAUCGUCCCGACCACCUCCUCCACCGAUGAAGGAAACCCCAAGCGCGACAGCGACCGAAGAUUCAGCCUCUUCGGAAAGAAGAAAUGAGGAUAGUAUUUAUUUUUGACAUGACAAACUGCGGGGCCCUGGCAUUGGGGUUGUACCUGGUGAGGUACAAAUGAUCUCGUCUCGAACCCCAGCAACUGAUGUUUUUAAUUUUAUAAUUUACACGGAUGUUGGCCAACUGGGGCUGCUUCUUUCCGAAUGGACUCGCAAGGACUUUCUACGCCCUGAGCGGACCGGUUCUCCGUGCCUGCGCGUGAAUCCUCGCGGCCCGGGGCUAGAAUCUGAGCUGGAGGGGGGUUUGAGCGAUCGAUCUAUCGUUUGAGACCCAAAGCGUGGCCAGUAUGUUCGGGCUCUGUGUUGCCUCUAUACUCCAGUUCCAUGCACGUAUGGACCUGUUCCAGCUUGAUCAUGGUUUAUUUAAUGACAAUGAAUAUGAGAAAAUAUCCCCCUCCCAUCAACAUAUUUUAUUAAAAAAAAAAUGAUAACCA